AUGAACAAGAUCAAGCUCCACAUCGAGAGUGAGAACUUCACGGACGAAAGCCACAGAACCCCCGUCCGUGCCCUUCCUUCAACAUGGUACACCUCCCCAGAGAUGUUUGAGCUUGAACGGCGCGCCAUCUUCUCCAAGAAAUGGCUCCUCGUCUCGCACCAAAACAGACUCCCUAACGCUGGUGACUGGCUCAAGUUCAACACGACAGGUUACGAGUUUGUCGUCGCUCGUGAUCGAAAGGGUAACUUGAACGGCUUUCACAACGUCUGUCGCCAUCGGGCCUUCCCAGUCGUCCAGGGUGGAACUUCAGGAAACUCGUCAAUCUUUGCCUGCAAGUAUCACGGCUGGUCUUAUGGUCUGAGUGGCAACCUCGCCAAGGCCCCCAACUACGAUGUGCUUGAUGGAUUCGACAAGAGCCAGAACGGUCUCUUCAAGAUUCACCUCAAGAUCGAUGCAUAUGGCUUCAUCUGGGUCAACCUCGACAGCUCCGACAACCCAGAGCCUUGGGAGAAGCACUUUGACGGCAUCGACCAGCAGGAGAGACUGAACAAGGUCAAGUUUGAGGACUAUGUUCUCGACUACGAGUAUAGCAUGGAGGGCAACUACAACUGGAAGAUUCUCGCCGACAACUUCAACGAGUGCUAUCACUGUCCUACGACGCAUCCUGAUUUGCCUACUCUUGCCGACCUUGGAAAGAUGAAGUGUGAUGCCGACAAGGAAUGGAUCAAACACUCGAGCGUUCAGACCGAGGAGCAGAAGAAGGCCGGUCUUCAACUCGCAAGCACAUAUCUCUACCCCAACGCCUCGGUGGUCGUCCUUCCCCAUUUCAUGAUGAUCCAGCGCUUUGUGCCCACAUCAGCAACCCACUCAUCAAUGCACUACCAAGUCUUCCGCAACAGCAAAUCCUCCGACGAAGAUUUCCAUCUGAUUGCAGACAUGUACCGACGAGUAGUCUCUGAGGAUAAGGAACUUUGCAUCGGCGCGCAGCGAAACCUCGAAGCUGGAGUUUUCAUCAGCGGCGAGCUUCAUCCCCGACUUGAACACGGUCCUUUGUCAUUCCAGGAUGGACACCGAGACGCCAUCCAUGCCCAUGUCAAGCUUGAGAGGGAGGCUGGAAGACAAAUUUGGCCGGCUCGACAGAAGUUGCCCGAUACGGAGGGAGCGAAGAAGAACAUGGAGGAUGAGGAGCUUUGUUCGAGCUUGUCUUGCGGAGGACUUCAGGAAGUUUUGGCGUGGUGA